AUGGCGAAAUUCGAGCUGCCAAAGGUUAAUCAACCAGCUGUCAAGAUUCCUGGCUAUUUAAUCCUGGAGCAGGGAAGAGCCACCUCCAUCACACCACUGAGAAACGUUACCUUCAUUUCAUUACGAUCUGGGCUGGCCUAUCGGUUUGACCAACAGAGCAUGAAGAAAGUGCCCGUGCUGGGCCCCUUGGGGGUCACGGACCCCAGCGUUAACCCAAGACCCCAAAGCAGCACCAAUGGUUCCAGGUACAUUCGGCAACGAGGGAGGGAGAGAAGAUUCGGUCCAGAUUCCUGUGGCCGGGCCCCUGCCCGGCUCUUGGAGCUUAUCCCGAGCUGUCCGGUGGGUGCACAGCCCAGAAUACAGACUCCUGGGCGCGCGGCGGAUGAAGAAAGCGAACACGCGGCAGGACCAGCCCGCAGACCGCCUGACCCCCCAGACCCGCCGCACCCCCCUGCACCGGCAGCCGGGCCGCGCUCACCACCCUCCCUGACGGGUGCAGGCGUCAAGAAGAAUUCUUUGAACAGCUGCAUCCCGAGCAGACGGGCUUGGAGACAGGGACGGACACACCCCCGAGAAGAAACCUGCGGAGGCCAGGCCGGGGUGCACGGCCGCCCUGCUCGGCCCUGUCCCCGGGAGCCGGUUCUCCAGCCCCCCAUCCCGCCCCCAGCAGCAGGCCGCGGAAAUACUGCCCGGCAGCUCCUGUCUGUCGGGGACCGGCAGCUGCCGUCCCAGCUGGACGCCCCGUGCCCCCCGGGCACCUGCCAGAAGCGCUUGGGCGCCGAGCAGCCGCGGGGGACCCAGGUGACCGCACCUCACCUGUGCGGCCACCCGCUGAGGCCUCGGCCGCGGGAUGCCCGACCCUGCGCCCACAAGCCAUCGGCUGAGGCCCUGGGUGCCCCUGAGAGCCCCCCGUGCUGCUCACGACCCGAAAGGACUGUCCUGACGACGGGUGCCGUGCCUCCCCCCGUAACCCUUCUACGGGGCCCGGGCUCUAGGACGUAG